AUGGCGUCCAAAACCCUAAUUCGAACUGGAGCUUCCCUAAUGAACCGGAUCUUAUCCAAACCAUUGCUACACCCGAACCCCAAUUCGAAUCACCAGAUUGUAUCUCACGGCCUCGAAAUCACUCCCAAGCUAUUCCCAUCUCUUUCAAACUUCGACACCUCCUUCCGUUUGCCCCAAAACGACGCCGAAUCGCUGAAACGGGUCUCCUAUGAAGGGCUCGUGUAUCCUUGUGGCCUCCCUUAUCUCCCGUUCUUCUUACCUGACGGAGAUGAUUCUUCAUCAUCAGAGCCAAUGCUAUUAUUUCCAAAGCGGACGUUCCAGCCUAGUACCAUCCGACGCAAGAGGAACCAUGGAUUUUUUGCUCGCAAGGCAACCAAGGGUGGACGGAGAGUAAUUGCUAGAAGAAUAGCGAAGGGUCGAUCAAGAGUUACAGCUUAG